AUGGAAUUUUUCAUGGUUUUAAGAAAGCUUGUGGACGAUGCCUCAAAGUUCUUGAAUGACAAGGUUACAAAAGCAGAAAUUACCGUACCGGCGUACUUUAAUGAUUCCCAAAGAACAGCGACAAAAGAUGAUGGUCGUAUUGCUGGUUUGGAUGUUCUCCGUAUCAUAAAUGAACCUACAGCUGCUUCAUUGGCCUAUCUAUUCGAGAAGAAGAAUAAUGAAAUAAUUCUAGUUUUUGACCUUGUAGGCGGUACAUUUGAUGUUUCGGUUCUUGAGGUGGGGGAUGGAGUCUUUGAAGUGCUCUCGACCUCUGGAGACACACAUUUAGGAGGUGACGACUUUGACAAGAGAAUUGUUGAGUGGCUUGCUGAUAAAUUCAAGAAAGAUACAAGUUUAUCUUUCAUCACUGCCACUGCAGAUGGUCCAAAACAGUUUCACUGGACAUAA